AUGAAGACUCGGGCGAAGAAAGGCACCGCAUCCGCCUCACAGCAGGACAAGGAGGCGCAACCAGCAUCGAAGAUACAACAACUGGAUCCCAGCAUCUCCAACCCGCCCAAAGUCUUCAUAUUGCCUCAAGAAGCAUCGCCGGCGGCUCGUAUAGUGACACUGCCGAACCCAGCAACAGCCGCGCCAGGUCGUUACUUCGUCUGCCCGGACAAGGGGUUCUACGAAUUCACCAGAGUCGCCGCACCGAAGAGAGCCUGUAAAAAGUCACCUGAUAACGGCGAUGCUCUACCACCUAUGGCAGACUCCAAUGUAGCUCGCGAUGAUGAGGGCUACGUUCUUCAGACGGCCGACGUGAUGGUGGCGACACCUCUAGAUCCUCUGUUCCUGCUGCUGCCGGCAUUGUCCGAAGACCAGAGGAAUGGCGCGGCGCAGAUGUUCCUCUCGACGUCUGACUACCUGGACAGGCUAGGAGAGCAGUCGGCUCAUUUCAAAGAGCUCAUGCGCAUUGACCGGCAAUCUGGCAACACACUGGAAGCGAUGUUGGAGAGACGGAUGCUGGUCGUAUGUGAAUCGAUGGAAGCGGGAGACGAGACCUUGUGCAAAUUGUCAAAUGAGAAAUUGCUUAAGGUUCUGGUGGGCAAAGCUAGAAGAGUGGUGGAACACGGCCUACCUCCAAGCAUGGAGGAGCACUUCGUUAAGCAAGCUCUCGUCGUGCCAGUGAUGAGUGUGAAGAGGGAGGAGAGCGGUGCUAGUAUGGUCGUUGGAGAGGAGACACAGGAUGCAGAGGCAGGAGCCUCACAGGAUGGAUCCACAGCGGCCGGAACAUUACAAAGCACAGAAUCCAGCAGCUUCACGAUAUCGAGCGACUCCACUACAGCCACAUCGAUCGUUCCAACGCCGACAUCACAACUUUCAACUUCGGACGGAAACAUACAACACCUCCUACGCCUUCGCACAGCGCUCGACUAUCUCAUGGCAUCUUACGUACCCAUGCCGCUGCGCACGGCUUUUACCAGCAUGCUGUCUGGCAAAGCUGACCUCAUUGACUUCAGUCCAUUGGACGUUCACCUCGCACAUCUCGCCAAGCUCAAGUCGGAAGCACAAGCCUUGCGAAGUCUAAGCGAGAACAUUAGCCGAAAGCGCGGACUGGAGGAUGAUGACGAGGCCCUAGAGAAAGCAGAGGUGAAGAGAAAGAAGAAGGAAGAUGAGGAGUUCCGGAAGAAGAAUAUGAGUCGCGGCGUGCAGCAGUUGAAGAAGGCGGACACGAGUGGAAUGAAGAAGCUGAGUUCAUUCUUUGGAAAAGCGGCCACCAAGAAGGCGUGA